UUUCAGAGGAAGAGUACCAGAUACAGUGUUUGACAACUUAUUUCGGAAAGCGGAGUGUGCUUUCAUUCUCGAUGAAUUUAGAAAAGGAAGAGGACACUCCAGUUAUUGGCCCUGUCCUUCCAAAUAGCUCCAAAGACGGAGGCGAUAGAUGCAUUCCAUCAGAAAUGCCUGUAUCAGCUAAGAAUGGUGAGGACGAAAACCUCUUUGGACCUACUCCUCCUCAGACAACUUGCGAGAAUGAGCCUAAACGACAGAUAGGACCAGUGCUGCCUGGAGGUGAUCCUGCACCACAGAUCGGACCAGUGCUACCUCCCAGAGAGCCUGCACCACAGAUUGGACCAGUGCUACCGCCUAGCGAGCCUGUACCACAGAUUGGACCAGUGCUACCGCCUAGCGAGCCUGUACCACAGAUUGGACCAGUGCUACCUCUUAAAGAACCUGCUCACCAAAUCGGGACAGCGCUGCCACCUGAAAAUGAGUCUGCACCACAAAUCGGGCCAGCCCUACCACCUAGAGAGCCUGCUCCGCAGAUUGGACCAGCAUUGCCGCCUAAAGAAGAGCCAGUACCACAAAUCGGGCCAACGCUUCCGUCAGAAGUUGAUGAUGUUCCACAGAUCGGACCAGCGCUGCCACCUGGCAUGAAGCUACAAGUUGAAUCAGUUGAAUAUGAUGACGAGUUCGGUCCCACUGCUCCGCCGUGUGAUCCUGACGAUGUUGACGUUGGACCACUUCCGAUAAGUAAUGUUGACCAAGAGGAGCAAGCAUUAGAGUACGUGAGGAGAAGGAUUGAAAUGGAAGCGAAGAAGCUUGAGGAAAACAAACCAGUACGGGAAGAAUGGCUGACGAAGGUUCCAAAAAGGGGACCUGUUGCUGGUGUCACCGCCCGAGCAUUCAAAAGGAGUAAUGAUACAUCAGUAUUUGACUCUUCCUGGGAGGAUACACCGAACUCGAAACGGGCUCCGGUUCAGGAAAAGCCCAAGUUCAGCAAAGCCGAAGAGGAAAGACAUGCAGCCAACGUGACCACAUUUGAGAAAAGCCGUGGCGAGUCUCUGCUUGAUAAGCACCUGAAGGAGCGAGGCGAGGGAAGCAAGUCGAAGGACGACUCUGGUGGAAGAGUGCCAUUUAACAGAGAUACGGACAUGGGUUACUCUGGAAAACCCACCUCUGUAGAAGAAGUGAAAAAGCGGGCUGGUCAGCUGAGUACCAGAUUUGGUUCCAAGGAGUAUCUCUAGUAAAGAACGGGUGAGAUUCUUGUUUAAGACAGCGUCAUGACGUAUAUUGAUAAUUUGUAUAACAUCUUCUAUUUCACAUUGUACCUCAUUUAUUGCAAGAGAUUCUGUUGGUUUUUAUUGUCAGCACUGUACAGUGAAUAUACUGAGCAAGUCGAUUUCAACUCUGAUAA